CAAAAUAAAACUUGAAUUAUACAAUACAAUACAUAAAUAGACACUUGAGAAACUUUUAAUAAAUCGAACAUGGCAAAAAGGGAUAAUGAAGCACAGCCCGUGCUUGAGGAUGAAACAGAACCGGAGGAGGAAAACAAGGCGAAGCGUAUUUGUAAAUUAGUAUGUCUUAUAGUUUUCCAUAUCGUCUUCAUAGCUUAUUUCAUUUGGUGUACAGUGGUUUAUAUUCGCUAUGACAGGAAAGAACAUUGCCAUUUUAAUACGACAAAGGACGAUAGCAAUAGUACGCAAGAAGUGGAAUAUACGCCGCCGAUACUCUGUCUCUUUAACUGGUGUAUGGGCUAUGGGUUUUUGGUUGUCUUAUUUGUUUUAUUCUACAUUGCAUAUUUCUACUAUAAGGUGUUCAAGCCCUAUGUCGGACAGAAGGUGUACGAUAAUUCUAUAGAGCCAGCCAUUGAUAAAUGGAUGGAAUUCAGUCGCACACGCAUUAUGUCCAUUGUAAUGAUAUUAUUCGUCAUUGUGGUGAUGGGCGCCAUUAUAUUGUUCGAGUCCCGACAUGAACUGCUUAAGGUCCGAGGCGUGGCAGCGCCCAUCUUCUUCAUUUUCGUUGGCUUUGUGUUCUCAAAGCACCGUAGGGCCAUUCCCUGGCGCAUUGUGGUCCACGGCCUAUUUUUACAGUUCAUGCUGGGCAUUGUGGUAAUACGCUGGGAUAGGGGUCGAGAGGUGUUCGCCUGUGCUGGCGAUAAGGCGGCUAUAUUUUUCAGUUAUGCCCGGGAGGGAGCUCUCUUCGUUUAUGGCGAAACGAUAGUGAAUGACUUUGUAUUCGCAUUUGCGAUAUUGGCCGGCAUUUUCUUCUUCAGCGUGAUAACCUCAUGCCUCUUCUACUUGGGCGUUAUUCAGUUCUUUCUGGGCGUAUUCGGCUGGCUGCUUCAGGCAAUGAUCGGAACUACUGUCUGUGAGAGCGUGAAUGCGGCGGCAAAUAUCUUUCUGAGCAUGUCCGAAAGUCCCCUGCUGAUCCGGCCGUAUAUUUCACGGCUAACAAGAAGUGAACUUCAUACGAUAUGUGUCUCUGGAUAUGCCACCGUGGCUGGCACAGUGCUGGGCGCCUAUAUAUCUUUUGGAGCCUCGGCAGCUCAUUUGAUAACCGCAAGUGUGAUGGGCGCACCCGGCUCUCUAGCUUUUGGUAAAUUGUUUUAUCCCGAGACAGAGGAGUCUCAAACCAAGGCGGACAACAUAGAGCUGGAAGCAUCGGAAGAUGAAACUCUGCUGGAUGCUGCGGCAAGUGGCGCUGCCAAUGCCAUGAUGAUCGUGUUGGGUAUAGUUUCCAAUAUUAUCGCAUUCAUUUCCAUGAUUGCAUUCUUCAAUGCCGUUGUGGAAUGGUCUUUCGAAUUGGCUGGCGUCGAUGAGGUGACCUUCAUAGGACUGUUGUCCAAGGCGUUCAUGCCAUUGGUAUUCCUAAUGGGCGUACCAUGGUACGAUUGCCAAAAAAUUGGCCUAGUUGUGGCUGAGAAAACCCUCAUUAAUGAAUUCGUUGGCUACAUGGAUUUGGGCAAAAUGAUAAUGGGCGGAGAGAUCGAUGCUCGCAGCGCAGCCAUUGCCACCUUUGCGCUUUGUGGCUUCGCCAAUCCUGGCUCCCUGGGCAUUCUGAUUGCUGCCCUGAGCGUCAUGGCUCCUACCCGCCGCGCGGAGAUAACCGAAGUAGCAUUUCUCGCCUUCUUCGCUGGCAGCAUUGUUAGCUUCACCUCGGCUAGCUGGGCUGGAAUCUUUGUGCAAGAAACCGAAGUAAACAGCAUUUCUGAGAAACUAAUAGAUUUAUAUCUUAAGAAUUCCAAAUAAGGAUGAUGUUGCUACUCACAAUGAAAGGAAAUAUAUGUAAAGUGUUUAAGAAAAUGCAGAAAAGUAAACGAUGUUGAUUGCACAAAUUUCUGCCUUAAAAGGUUCCGGAAAAUUUGUAUAUCAAAAGAAUUAUUAAAGUAUCCAAAAUCAGAGAGCAUGGCUUACUGCCACGGGUUUGCCAGAAAAAAAAAAGAA